AUCCCAACAGCUAGCAUGGUUUUCUUCUGAGCGAAUGCUCCUUAGCUUUAGCCCUGUGAAACUACUCUGAUUCAGACAAUCAACAGGUCAGUGUUCGAGUUUAGAUACUGCUGUUUGUUAGACUGCAAGUGCUAGCCCGAGUUGUGGUAGCAUACUUCCACUACAUGUGUACGGCUUUCAAACGUAUCGUGCUGAGUAACGUAUCAGCCAGCUCAGCUUUGAUUUAAAUCCUGUGCUAAUUAGCAGUAAGUUAGCAGGGCUACUUUCGUUACACCGAGGUUAGCCAGGGGCCGCUGCUCUGUCGCUGGAGGAGCAGGACAGAUGUCUUUGAGCCGAAGUCUCUUGUAGAUCAAGAGCGGUGUCUCAGCGCUGCAGCCACGGCUCCCUGUUGGUGCUCGGCUCUGAUCUGAGUCCUGUUUUAAAUGUGGCGGUUUGCAUCGUUCGCAAAGUGACGACGUGGGAGGCGCAGCGCGGAGUCCGCCGAAGGGAUGGGACAGCCUACCCCGGUGAUCCUCCAGCCCCAGAUGAGUGGCAGGUAGUGGAGGUGCUGAUGCAGUGUUGUGCUGCUGUGCACGAUGAAGAAGAUAUUCAGCUUCACUAAGAAAAAGAAACACCCGUCCGGUACACCUGACAGCGGUAGUGUGCUUUCCCUUGGCUAUGAACUGAAAGAGAAGGACCUGGGGAAGGUUCACAAGGCUGCCUGGACGGGCGACGUGGCAAAGUUGAAGCAGCUUGCGAAAAAGAACGAUGUCAAUCAACUUGACAAGGAGAACAGAACUGCACUACAUAUCGCCUGUGCCAGUGGACAUGUGGAGGUGGUGCAAUUCCUUGUCGAAACCAAAGCCAAGCUCAACCUAUGUGACAAUCAAAAUAGAUCUGCCUUAAUGAAGGCAGUGCAGGGCCAGCAUGAGCGAUGUGUGAGCAUGCUGCUGGAGAAUCAUGCCGACCCUAACCUGGUGGACAUCAAUGGCAAUACAGCCCUGCAUUUAUCAGCAAACAUCCCAUCCAUCUCCCUCGCAAUCCUGCUGCUGCAGCAUGAGGCAAACAUCAACGCCCAAAACAAGGAGGGAUUUACCCCCUUGACUGUGGCAGUCCGCGAGGACCAUAUUGAGAUGGCUGAGUUCCUCCUCAACGAGAGUGCUGAUGUGAAUUUGCUGGACCAAGACCAAAGGUCCCCAUUAAUGAUAGCUGCUGGCAAUGGACAAAUCGUUAUGUUGCGACUCCUCUUGCGGUUCAACGCAAAUACAACACUAAAGGAUACCAAAGGAUGGUCAGCUGAUGACUACGCAGGAAUGAAUGGGCACCAUCCUUGUUCCCACCUGAUCAUUGAGCAUGGCACCCAGAGGAGCGAUGGCCCCUCCCUGUCACACCAAGCAGCGGGCAAGAAGAAGAAGAAAAGGGCAAUAGGCAGUCCUUUCCAAGAUGUGGAAGCAGGCUUCUCUCUGGGAGGACCAGCCAUUGACAACGAUGGUUUUGAAGACAAUUCUCAGUCAGAGUCACUAAGUCGGGUUUCAAAAAGUGCCUCUGAUGAAUGGCCUUCAUCUGAAGAUGAUGACGAAUUGGUUUUAAACAGAAAGAAACCACAAAAAGUUAACCUAAGCAGAAUGAUUGCAUCUAAAAAGGGAGAAGCUUCUGCACUGCUUGACAGAUCCUUGAGCGGCUCAGAAUCUGAUCCAGAGAGCGAAAGUAGAGUCCAGAGAAUCCCAUCCCUCCAAAAAACCCUACCAUCCAGCAACGCUCUGCAGAAACCUGUAGAUCCCACUCCCAUUUCCUUCCUUUCAAAAGAUCCCAAGAUGACUUCCACCCCUCUUUCUAGCUACAGAGAGAAAGAAGAUUCCACUGAUGAUGAGGAUGAUGAUAAUGACGACAAAGAGCAGGUGGGAGAUGAUGAUGAGGAGGAGGAGGAAGAAGGAGACAUGUCAGAGGAAAACGAUCAGCCUGCUGAGAGUGGAGAGUCCGUUGGUGCAGCUUCAACUGUUCCGGAGACAGAAAAAGAUAAGAAAAGAGAUUUCCUCUCUGAGCUGGGUCUAGAGAAGGGAGAAGAAGAGCAAGAUUCUUGGGACUCUGAGUCCCGUUCUGAAGACAUCAAUAUGCCACGGGUGGAGAAACAAAGCUUGCCUACUCAGGAUCAAGAAGAGACGUCCACUGCUGAAGAAGAAAAUAAAGAGAACUUGUUUUAUAUUCCCUCAUUUUUAAGAGGAGAAGGAGGCAAUAAGAUGGUCGCUCUAGUUCCUCGGAGGAGUGUAGACAGGCCACGAGGCAGCCAGGUUGCAAACGAUGAUAUCGGAAAAGAACAUGAUGCUAAAGCUGAAAUUACACAGAAAGAGACUGAAAAGCCAAAAUGGGAACCACUUCGUGUUCUGAGCAAACUUGAAGGCAAUAAUGGCGGAAAGACAGACUUGAUGGAAGAGCUUGGGCUGGGUGACGUUGAUGAUCUUGAAGAUGCAUCAGACUGGGACUCAGCCAGUACGGCAAGCAAGAGAACGCUGCCAGGUCGUAAAAUGGCCUCCCCUGGACUCGAUGAGUUCCCAGAAUGCAACCAUCCAGCUUUGAAGGAGCAAGAUGAAGAUGUCACUGAGGCAGCGCCCCCGCCACCACCGAGGAGCCUCAGCACUACACCCCAUCGACUCUUACCCCAUCCUCAACCUCGGGCAAGGAAGAUGGUGCCUCAGAAACCAGAAAGUGAAGAAGAAUCAGAUUGGGAACCAGAAGAUGUAGCACCUUCUGCUUCUGCCAUCACGGACAAAAUUGAAAAUCAGUCGCAAUACACAUCUGAACAUCAGGCAGUAGUUAGACCAGGUUCUCCUGAGCUUUCAUCAGUGGCAGGAGACAGACAAACGGAUCAAGAGGUGGACGGGCCUCAGCACAAGGAGAAAGAUGAUACAGGAGAUACAUGUGAGUUAGGUUUAAAUAAACCAUGGCCAUCAGGCCGUGUAGGAGAAAACAGUGAUGAGUUAAGAGAUCAACCCAGUCCUGAAGGAGCAGGUGUAGACUGCCCAUGGGAGAAACGCUACGAGAAGCUCUGGGUAGAGGUGGAGAAACGGGAAGUAAAAUCCACCUUCAAGAAUGUGGCUGGUGAAUUAAAAGAGAAGUUUGGGGAACUGUUUAAUUCAAGAUGUUCUGCAGAAGAUGCUGCAGAAGAGGAACAGGCCACAGCUGAAUCUACUUCUGCAGAAGAAGAGUCGAGUGAUGAAGAUGAAGGAGAAAUAAUUUUGCGCCCGGCCGCUAGAGCAAGAAGUACUAUCCUUCUCACCAUACCUGAGCAGAGGGAGUCUGGACUGGAAGACUCACCGACAGAGUCACCUGGCAACUCUCGGUGUGAAGAUGGGAUGCAGCUCGCUCCGCCUCCGGUCAGUGGCGGGAGCAUGCACCAGGAGCCAGAGCUACUCACUGAUGAUGCUCUGGAGGAGAGCAGGUCUCCUUCACCACAACUCAACACAGCACAGAGAGAGUGCUACAGAGAGGCCACAGCUUUUACCGGUGGUCACAUUAUACCUGACUUGAAAGUUGGCUCAUUUUCAAAGGAUGGCACCGAACAACAUUUGGACUUGAUCUCAAAGGACCAAACUGCUGAUCUAAAGGGAGCUGAGGUGGACAAUGUAGGUUCAGAAGAGGAUCGUGAGGAGGCCACUAGGUCUUGCCCCCCCUUAAUAAGAAGAAAUUCAGCAUCUAUUCCUGGUGUCUCUGACGAGGAGCUGGAGGAGGACUUGGAGAGGUUUAAACUUGAGGUAGGGAUGCUGAAGGUUGUCUUCAUGGAUUUGGAGAAAGAAAAGGCCCAACUCCUGAAAGAGGUUGGCAAAGAGAUGACAAAGACUGUAGCGGAGGUGCAAAAAUCCAGUGCUUCCAGGGAUACUGGUGGAAUGACCCAGGAAGAGCCGCGUACUGAGAAACCGGAGAGCAGCACCAACGAGGCACCACAGCAAUCGCAUCUCCUGCUCCAGCAGAGCCACAGUAGCAACAGACAGGAGGGACAGGCUGUAGAAGAGACCUUUAAGCUGGAGCUGGUCAGAGGGGCCCGGCGCAGCAGAGCCCCUCAGACCAACACCCAUGUUAACGGAGAUCCUCUCUCUGUGUUUGACGAUAGCACUUUAAGUGACGUGUCGGACGAUGAAGGAAGGUUAACCAACAGAAAACUAAAAAAUGAGAACACAGAAGAAGAGGAGUUGGCGGAAGACUUUGAUGAGCUCACUCAGUCGUCAGACACAGCCACUGACGACAUCGACUCUCCCACUUCAGGCUAUCGUCAUGCAUCUGUCCUUAUUCAGAAGCUUGACUCGGCUACUUUAGACUCGAGGAGCAUGGUGAAGCUGCAGAACAUUUUCCAAGAAUAUGAGCGCUCCAUCCAAAAGGCAAGGAGUCGCCAUGGAUACCUGGCAGAUAAGGUGAGCCAGCUGGAAAUGGAGAGAGCAGAGUUGAAGAGCACCCUCGAGGAAGUUAAAGAUUUUAAAUCUGCCUUGGAGCGAAAUCAGCUGGAACUGCAAACCGAAGUCACAAACCUCAAGUUUCAGCUGAAACAGGAGCAGGAACAUCGCCGCAAUGCCACCAUGAUGUACAACACCACCAGAGAUAAGCUGAGGAGGACGGAGGAGCAGCAUCAGUUAGAGGUUCAGGAGAGACAGAAGGUCGAGCUGACGCUCAGGAACCUGGAGCUGGAGAUGAGAACACUGGUCAACAACAUGAAACAGCUUGAGGAGGACCACAGUGAGACCCAGAGACUGCUGGCUCAGGAGCGCAGUGCCAGGAUGCUGCAGAAGAACCUGCUCGACAGUCAUCUACAUAAACAGCAGGAGAUAGAGGAGGAGAACAAGAGAAAUAGAAGCAAAAGCAACGAGGCCUUGUCUCAGCUCACUGAAGCCAGUGACAGGGAGAGGGAGCUGCUCAAGCAGAACACGACCUUCCAGGAGCAGCUGACCAUCCUUCGAACUGACCUGGAGCGUUCGCAGGCCAACAGCAAUCUCAAAGAGAGCCACAUUUUGGAGGAGAACGAGGCUCUCAAGGAGCAGCUAGAAGAUUUUCGACGAGAUCUCAAACUCAACAGGGACGCCCUGACCCAAACUGUGUACAACUGCAACAACCAGGUGACCACCCUGAAGUCUGAGUUAGCUAUGAUCACAACCCGCCUGGAAAAUGAGCGGCAGACUCGGGAAACUCUGGAUGUAGAGGUGGAGUCUACUCGUACCCGACUGGCGGGGGCAGUAAAGGAGGCCGAGCGUUGCCUGGCAGCUCACGCAGACACAGAGAAAGCUCUGCUCCGGGAGAAAGAGGAACAUCAGCGUCUAAAAGACAAACUCACAGCUGAAGCAACCUCUCAGCGUGAGACGGUCAGCUGUUUGUCCCAGAAGCUGGGAAAGGCAGAGGCUUCUACGAACAGCUUGGAGAAUGAAGUGCAUCGGGUCACUCUGCAGCUGACUGAGAAGGGCCUAUUGCUGGAUGUCCUACAGCGGGAGAAGGACCAGGCGACUGCACGUGCCAAGGAGCUAGAAGCGGCUUUUCAGUCCGAGAGGGAGCUGGUGAGCCGCUCCACAGCUCGCCUAGAGGCGACACAGGAGCGGCUAGCCCAAGCCCAAAGUGAGGGUAUGUUAAUGCGGCAACAGAUAGAGGAGGCCCAGAACAAAGGUGUCGCAAAGGACCGUGCUGUGACGGAUGCCCAAGAGCGCUUCAGCGACAUUUUGUCCAAGCUGCGCUCUGACAGCGAGGAGAGGGUACACCUAGUGGAGGAGAGAAAUAAGGAGCUUGCCAGUAAGGCUGCUGAUCUCCGAGAUCAGAUCUACAAGUUAGAGGAAGAGAAGAAUGAAAGAGAGACAAACCUCAGGCAGCUGCAGCAGGAGCUCGCCGACUCACUCAAGAGGCUUUCGAUGAGCGAAGCCUCUCUGGAGGUCAACACGCGCUAUCGCAAUGACCUGGAGGAGGAGAAGACUCGGCUCCUGAAAGACAUUGACAGGCUAAAGAGAAAGUUUGAGGAGAGUGAAGACCACUACGUGCAGGCUGAGAAACGUAUUAACAGUCUGAAGACCGGCCUCGAUGAAAGGGAAAGGGAGCUCAUCACUGCUGCUCAGAAACUCCAGGAGGCGCUGUCGGCCUCAGCAGCCUCUGAUACCACCAUCAAACAGCUGGAGGAAGCUGUGCAGAGGCUAGAGAUAGACAAUGCCAGACUGGAGGCGGCUGCAAAGCAACAGUCUAACAAAAUUGCAGUUCUUCAGAAAGGGGCUCAGGAAGCUGGCCUGGUAUCCAAUCUUUUCCAGCUAUCUGACUGCUCACCUGGAGAAGGGGUCAAAGGUCAUUUGGAGGAUUUGGUCACAAACCUCCAAAGCAGUAAGAUGACUUUGGAAGAUCAACUCAAUAGAGAGGUCCAGAAGCAAAGUGUUCUGUCUCACACAGCCCAGGACUCUCAGGUCUUGUGGGAGGAGGAGCUGAAGAGUCGUUCUAAACUAGGACUGCGCCUGGCAGAGCUGGAAAAGGAAAAAGGAGAACUGACCACUCAGAUGGAAAUAGAGAAGAAGAAAGCCAAAAAGAUAGCAGAGCAGAAGAAGGCCGUAGACACUCGUCUGGAUCAAGAGAUGAAGAGAAACACGGACCUUCAAAAAGAAAUGUACAGGCUGCGUACACUAUUAAAGACUGCUAAGAAGAAACUGAGGGACCAUGACACCGGUGGAGGAGACUUUGCUUCUCCUAUGAGCAGCAUAAGGAUGGAGCUGGGCAGAAACAGCCAGGCUGAGGGUGGACGAAUGAGAGAUAAGGUGGACGAUCUGCAGGGGCAGCUGGAGAAGGAAGCGUCCCGUAGCAGUCAACUGGAGAAGCUGAUCGGGGAGCUCAAGGAUCAGCUGGCCUCCCUGAAGAGCUUCAGCCCUAGCACCGAGCAGCUGGAGAAGAGCAAGAGGCAGCUCGAGGAGGAGGUACUGGACCUGAGGCGACGAAUGGAAACAGCUCACAUGGAGCAGGGCCAGGUGGAGCAGUACCGCCGUGACACAGAGGAGAGGGCCCGUCAAGAGAUACAACAGAAGCUGGAGCAGGUCAACCUCUUCCUGCAGUCCCAGGCAGCUUCCCAAGAAGCAUUAGAUCAGAUUAAAUCGGCUAAUGAGGUUAACCUGCGCUCUCAGCUGGAGCAGAAGAUCCGGGAGCUGGAUGGGGAACUGGGCCGCGCCCGCAACACCCAGCAAGACAGCCUUAACCAAAAAGAGUCCACGCGCACCGAGCUGGAGCGAUACCGCCAGCUCUACUCCGAGGAGCUGCGCCUCAGCAAGUCCCUGGCUGCCAAACUAGAGAGGGCCAACAGUCGGCUCACUGAAGCCAAUUCCAAGCUGCUGAACGAGCGCAGCCGGUCUCUUCUCACCAGCAGCAUAGCAAACGGUAGCCUUGGAAGUCCCUCGCUGGACGUGGGCACUUUGGGUUCACCGGCAAACUACGGGGUGACACUGGGGUCCCUGAACAGAAGCCUUGGCCUGGGCCUGUCCCUCCUCAGCCCUGGGAUGUAUGGGCAGAACAGCAGGGAGGAAGACUAUCUUGCCAAGAUGCAGAGUGAGUUGGACAGAAACAUCUCAAAGGAAUUACACAACGCCACAGCAGAGCUGGACGUCGCCUCUGCGCAGUUGUCCCCGGUGAGCUCCGUCUCGAGGGUGGAGCUGGACCCCUUCAGCAGGGCCACACAGCAGUACUUGGAGGUGCUGAAGAAGAACAACAUGAUCUGAACACACACAUCACAGCUGCUCCAACUCAGUCUUCUUAUAUCAGCCAUUAAAGCAGCAUCUCUAAGGCCAGAGCCACAGCCUCGUCACGCAACUAUAACAAUCCAUCCUUGUAUCCUCUUUUAUGAAAGAAAUCUAAAAUAAUGCACAUUGCACUUAACCACUCAGGAACAAAGGGCAUGAGUCAUAUAUAUAUAUAUAUAUACAUGUAUAUGAAAUAUAUGUGUGUUGCAUUAUUGAUGGGUACAAUUAGAGAGAACCUUGAAAGUAUUUGUUCCUUCUGACUAAUUCUGAUUCAUCUGUUGCUGUUUUGUUUGGAUUAGCAGAAAAGAUACUGUAUAUACAGGACCGUGGUUUGGAUUUUUGUUUGUGAAUAUUGGUGUUGCAUAAUUCGAAUUUAUAAGUAUUUGAUGUAUGCAUCUUGAAUUUUCUUUUGCCAAGAUAUUACAUUUGGUACGUGCCAUCAAAUGGUGCAAUAUCUGUCUUGGUGUUACAUUAUUAGAUUUGUUGGCGCAUGGUGUUUAUGAUUCUUUUAUUUAUUCUCUUCUUUUUUUUUAUGACCGUGAUAUACUUGAAUCAGACGAGCUGGAAAACUCUCCAGUUAUGGAAACAGGGUGACUGCAUUUGUAAACUUGUCAUUUCAGCUUUUGUUUGGUCUGUUUUCAGGGAAAUGCACUCAUUUUCAUCCAUGAAUAUUGUAAAAGACUAUACAUAUUGAUGAACACUCAUGACGCCUGUACAUUACAGAAGACUCUAACGUUAUAAAUAAAACAGGAAAAAAC